AAGCCCAAACCUCCAUCCCAAUAUAAAAUUCCUUCCACUUCAAGAAACAAAAUUCUUGGCGGCCCUUUUGCCUCAUGUUCUUACACACUCUUUCUCCACCUUGUGUCUCAGCUUGUUUCUAUAUCUCGCCACAUCAAAGGGAAGAAAGGAGCAGUUGAAGAGAGAUGGGAAGAAGUAAUACAUCAUCAUCAUCCACAGUCUUGUUUGUGUGGCUUUUGUUGGUUGGCUCCUUGGAGUUGGAAACUAGUUCAUUAUUAUCAGUUAGCACAAUUCCUAGAGCAAGCGCCAUGCCUGUGAAAGAUCAGAAGCAGCUUGUACACAGCCCUGGAUCAAAUCUCAACUAUAGGAUGAGCAAGAGAGGAGUUCCAAAUGGUCCAGAUCCAAUUCAUAACAGGAGAGCUGGGAACUCUAAAUGGCCACCUGGGCGAGCGUAGAAGUACUUACGAAUGAAGAGAAGCUAUUUAGCCAAAGCCCAAAUUAGAAAAGGAAGCUCAUCACACGAAGGAAGGCUGUCAUGCAUGUAAUAUUCUUUAUUUUGAUCAAUGGCGUAACAUUAAUCGAUAAUAAGGUGGUUUCAUUUCAUUUAUAUAUCAAAGAAAAAAAAAACAAGAAUAUUUUCAGAUAACAGAAAUCAUCUCCAAUGGAAAACCAGAGCUUGCAAAACUAUACCGGCAACUCGACUGGGAAAACCAACUACUUGAGUAUAAAUUUGUAGCCAUUUUAUAGCGG